AUGAGCCCUGUCAUGCUGGUCUUCGACACAUCAGCGACAUCCCUCGGGGCCAAGGCCAGCAUUGCUGUCACACUGUGCAGUUUUGGGAUCUUCACAACAGGGCUGCUGCACUGGUUCACCUCGCCAUAUGUGCGACAGCUGGUGUUUGACAAAAAGUCAAACACGAUGGAGAUUGAGACUCUGUCGGUGUUUGCGCGGCCGCAAAUAACUCGCGCGCAUCUGGCAGAGAUCAGCUAUCCUGACACCAUCAGGCCGCAGGUCACAUUCGCGGUAAAUGGCAAAUUCUUCUAUUUGGACGAUAACACCUUCCCGGACAAAGAGCUGCUAGCUGCACUGACGCCCCCAGAGCCAAGCGCAGCAGGCAGCUCCAUUUCAAACGGUGCCAGGCUGUCCUCACAGAUCCUCAUGAGGAGGCCCUGGCAGGCCCUGCAGCUGUCCGGGACAGCUACAGCUGUUGACUUCAGCUGA